AUGAGAAACUACUUGUCUCCUGCCUAUCAGCACUAUAUUGCUUCUACGUCAAUACUUGUAGAACCUAAUAGUUAUGCUGGGGCAGUUAAGGAUCAAAGGUGGGUGGAUGCUAUGCAAACUGAAAUACAAGCCUUGGAAAGGGAGGUUGAACGGUUCAAGGCUAGAUUGGUAGCUAAGGGUUAUAGUCAACAACAUGGGAUUGAUUAUAAGGAGACCUUUUCUCCAGUUGUUAAGAUG